CGUAGAAACCGGUGCGGCAGUCGGUGGGGGAAAGGUGUCUGCGCCUCGACUUCGUAGUGGUGAAAAUCGCCCUUUCGUUAAGUUCGCGUAACCAACAGCUCGGCAACCUCGAGGCAUGACAAAAGCGAUAGCGGAGUGGAUGGCCGAGGCAGCUCUACCCGCUGUCCCCGAAGCUAUCACUCUAGUCAUCGACGGCAAUCCGGCGCCGGAUGUUUCCUCGGAUAUCUUCCGGGGUCUCGUUCAGGCCGACGCAGCCUGGCAAACCGCCAUCGACCGGGCCUUUCCCCCCAGCCGCGUGAGCCCUUUGGAUUUUCUACUCAAAGCAACCGUAAAACCCUACCAAUGUAAGGGCUUCCCUGAGCUCCUCAAGGCCGUGUGUAAUGGGGAUCCUUCCUCUUGUAUUCGCUGCAAGUUCGACCCCGGCGAGCCCUGGGAUGACGGCCAGAUCGACGAAAUUAUCAAGGCCAACCCUAGCGAUAGCGACGACCCCUUCGAGUGGGCGGACGUGUGGAGGCCGGCAAGAGGGCGCGUCGGCUUCAAACCUCCAACUCCAUUACCUCCGUAUUGCAAGAUGCUGGAUGAGCUCCCGACAACGGAAAAUUGA